UUGCCACUGGCAAUUAACUCACUUAAAAGGGUUCGUUCGGGAAGUCUUGGCGUGAUAGUUGAGUUCUUUGGGCCAAGUAUUAUACCCGAUCGUCCAUGUUGAUAGCGUGAACAAGGCAAUCGUGGCCGAUGCUGGAAAUAGUUCGUUCGCUUAAAUAUCCGAUGACGACAGCGUUGCAACCAUUCUCGGGACAUGUGCUCGGUGAGCGUUAUACGUCAUCUCUGCAUGAAUUAAAUACCCAGAUUAUCAUAAGCGUAGAAAAAUAACUUUUUAAAUGGGGGGACGAGAAAAGGUUCUGUUUUUCCUGUCAACGUUUACGCUCCUAUUACUUGAAAUCAGAGAUGCAGGUGCUGCGGACCAAGUACCAGACGACACGCUGUCCCAACUUGCCCUACAAGCCGGCGCAAUUAUAAAAGAUUCAAAAAAUGUCAGCGAAGAACUAAGCAGCUUGGUCAAGUCUACACAACUAAAUAAAUUAACUGGCAAUCACCCUCAAUGCCGACAACCAUGCAGGAAUGGAGGGAAGUGCAUUCGUACGGACACGUGCGCUUGUAUAAAUGAUUGGUUCGGUGCAGAUUGCACUCAGUUUGUUUGUAGCGAUAGAUGUAUACAUGGUUCGUGCACCGCGCCAGAUACUUGUUUCUGUGCUCUAGGAUGGAAAGGCAAAAGUUGUGAUACACCCAUAUGUAAUCCCGAAUGCCUCAAUGCGGGAUUUUGCGAACAGCCAAAUGUUUGCCGUUGUCCUGACGGAUAUACCGGAGCUGUUUGCGAGAUCGCUGUAUGUGAUCCUCCGUGUGUAAAUGGCAUCUGUACCAGAAGAAACGAGUGCCAAUGCUUGGCUGGAUGGAGUGAUCUAUAUUGCGACGUUCCCGUAUGUGAGUUGGGUUGUCAACACAACGGGAGAUGCGUUCGUCCAGACACUUGUGAAUGUUCUGGCCCAUGGCAUGGACAUUCCUGCGAUCUGCCGGUGUGUUCUAAGCGGUGUCAAAAUGGCGGAAGAUGUGUUGCUCCGGAUGAAUGUGAUUGUACGCCUGGAUACAAAGGACCACAGUGCCAAUACACUGUUCAAACUACAAAGGAUGCAGGAACUGUGUGUUCAAUGUGGGGUGGACGACACAUCAGGACAUUUGAUGGACAUUCCUAUGAUUUCCCUGGUCAGUGCAGAUACAUGUGGGUACAGGAUUGUGUACAGCAUCUUUUUAGUAUCGAGCUGGUAAAGAAUAUUGAAGACUUUAUUCCCAUUGAACGAGAAACAGGAGAAAUUACGAACCGCACACUUUUUAAUGAGUUACCGGUACCCCUACGUGAAUUGGUGCAUUUUUCUGAUGACUUUCUUGCACUUGUACUUAAGUUGCAUGGAGGUGAACCCGUCUCAUUGUUGCCUGGUCGCUUGGUAAUGGUUGGUGAUAGAUUGUUGUCCUCACACCGAUAUGCAGAGCGUGGCAUUGCUGUGUACCAGGUCGGGCAAUAUGUUAGAGUUGAAACAAGAUUUGGCAUCACUAUUAUGUGGAGUGGUGGUGGGGUGGCUGAGAUUGAAAUGAAGAAAGGUUAUUACAGAGGAACCGUAUGUGGCUUGUGUGGAAAUGCCGAUGGAGAUUCAUCCAAUGACAUGACUCUACCAGACAAGACAACAGCAUCAAAUGCCUUAUGGUUUGCAAGAGGAUGGAAAGAGACAGGUCUGCAUGAUCAUUGCUCCGAAAUCUCUCAAGUCAUCGCUGAUUGUUCAUCAACUUCUGCUGGAGAUGUUGAUAUUAUUCGGGCACUGUGCAAAAUCUUUAUAUCAAACAACGAAGCAUUCUCUGAUUGCAUUGCUGCUGGUGUAGACCCUGUGCCUCUGGUUGAUGGGUGUAUUACAGAUGUCUGUCAGUGUAAUAAAGUUGGCAGGCAAGACUGUCAUUGUGAUGCAGUAGCACAGUAUUCCCGGUUAUGCAUGUCCCAAACUGAGGUUGUACCAAGAUGGCGAAAACCAAACUUUUGCGCUGUCACAUGUCCAGAAGGAAUGGUUUACUCUGAAUGUGCAAGCUCAUGCCCACGAACCUGUCAUAACUUGGUGACACCGGAUACCGAAUGUCAUGAACAUUGUGUGGAUGGAUGUACCUGUCCUGAGGGAAGUCUACUUCAUGAUGGAAAAUGCGUACGGGAGGAUGAAUGCUCAUGCCUUCAUAAUGGACGAGAAUUCCCAGCUGGCCACGUCCUUAGCCAAGAAUGUCAAAGCUGUGUGUGCUCAAGCGCUGUUUGGAACUGUACAGAUAUACCUUGCCCUUCAGAAUGCUCAGCAGUUGGUGAUCCACAUUAUAAAACAUUUGAUGGACACAUGUACACAAUGCAUGGAGAAUGUCAAUACACUUUCGUCAAGGAUUGCAGCAGUACAAAUUUGUUCAGUGUAAUUGUGGACAAUACAGUGUGUGGUGUUGAUUCAACCGUUACUUGCACCAAAGACGUCACGAUUGUUCUUCGUUCCGGGUUCAACAAGGUCUUGAUCAGAUUAAGCAAAGGUCAUGUCACAAGUGUUGAUGGGAAAGCUGUAAUGCCACCGUACAUACGAGAAAGAUUCCAGAUAUUUAAAGUUUCGUCUGACUUCGUCCAACUUCGCACUGAUAUUGGCAUCAUGGUUGAUUGGGAUGGAAUAUCAAGAGUUUAUGUGACAGCAGAAAGACGAUGGCAAGGGAAGUUGUGUGGUUUAUGUGGCAACUACAACAGAAACCAAAGGGAUGACUUUAUGAAUUUUAACGGAUUGGUUGAGAGAAGUCCUGUUUCAUUUGGCAAUGCAUGGAAAGCUAGUCCUGAUUGCAUAGACAUGACGUCACAAUUUAUUCAGGAUCCAUGCCAGGUCAACCAACAACGUGUUGGAUUUGCCAACACAGAGUGCCAAGUAAUUCUUAGUGAAACAUUUCAAGCUUGUCACGUUGAUGUUAGCCCUCAGCCAUACUAUGACUUGUGUCGAUAUGAUGUGUGUGAGUGUGAGGAACCUGAAUCAUGUUUGUGUAACACCAUCGCACAUUAUGCGAGGGUUUGCUCAAGAGCUGGGCAUGUCACUGACUGGAGAAUGGAGAAUUUCUGCCAUCGGGAGUGUCCUGGUGGUCAGGUAUAUAGAGAAUGCAGCAGUACAUGUCAUUCUACUUGCCGAUCACUGUCUGAUCAGUCUGUUCGCUGUGGAGAGUCAUGUGUACAAGGAUGUAAUUGUCCCGAUGGCCUCUACCUCAACCAGGAGGGAACUUGUGUGAAGCAACAACAGUGUGAAUGCUACCAUAAUGGUAGAACUUAUCGAGCAUUUGAAGUUAUUCACAGGGAAUUUAGCACCUGUCAUUGCAUGGAAGGACGACUUACUUGUGUGGAUAUCAGUAAUGAAGGAAAUGAGGAAUCACUUACCAAUAGAACAUACCGAGUUGCAUUCUGUCCAUUUGGUCAAAUUCACAAGUCGUGUAAUAUCAGUGAGGGCAACCCAACUGGGAUUGAAUGCCAAAAAACUUGCAAAAACUUUGGUGAAGACUGCUUUGCCCAAACAUGUGUUGUUGGUUGCGCAUGUCCGAGUGGACAGGUGUUUGACUCUGAGCGCUCAGUUUGUAUUCAAGCAAGUGACUGCCCAUGUUACUACGGUGGACAAGCAUACCUCCCAGGACAUAGUGUAACUAUUGACUGCAACCGAUGUGAGUGUCGAAACAGGGAGUGGGAAUGUACACAGGAUGAAUGUGUAGGCACCUGCACAGCUUAUGGGGAUCCACAUUAUGAAACAUUUGAUGGUUUCACAUACAACUACAUGGGAACAUGCAACUACAUACUGACCCAAAAUUACUGUGACCAGCAACGAGGAACAUUCCGAGUUUAUGUUGAGAAUACAUUGUGUGGUUCAGAUGGAAUGGCUUGCACAAAAGCUGUCAGCAUUAUACUUGAAGAUAAAAUCACUAUUCGACUUGAAAGAGAAAAUUUUGGAUACAAAGCAGAAAAUAUGGUUUCAUGGGGGCCUUCUCCCGGUUCUGAUACGAACCACACAAACAUAGUUUGGGACUAUCAUCACGUUGGUUUGUACACCAUGGUGACAACGGACAUUGGUCUCAUGGUUGUUUGGGAUAGAAAGACAACAGUCAUAGUGAAACUGGAUCCAAGAUAUAUGUCUGCAGUAUGUGGGUUGUGUGGUAAUUUUGAUGGCAACCAAAACAAUGAUGCAAUGAAGAGUGAUCGCAUGUUGGCAGUGACACCACUUGAAUUUGGUAAUAGUUGGAAGACAUCUCCCAACUGUGACAACACCCCGCCCUCGGACGAUCCAUGUACAUUACAUCCCAACCGCAAGCCAUGGGCACAAAGAAGUUGUAAUAUCUUGCAAAGUGAAAUAUUCCAACCAUGCCAUGCAUUGGUUGAUGUAACCUGGUAUUACAGCAACUGUAAAUUUGAUGCAUGUGGUUGUGAUGGUGGGGCUGACUGUGAAUGUUUCUGUGUGGCAGUUGCUGCAUAUGCGCGAGCUUGUGCAGAAGCUGGCCGCCCUAUUAGAUGGAGAACACCUAAUGUUUGUCCACUGAUGUGUGAAGCCUACAACACAGACAACCAUGAUUGCACAUGGCAUUACAGUGAAUGUCAAACAGCUUGUCCCAUCACUUGCCAACAUCGAUACCUUAGCACUGCCAUUGAUCAGUGUUCAUUAUCCAUGGCUUGUGUUGAAGGAUGUUUUCCUCAUUGCCCUGAAGGAACACUGUAUGAUGAAAGCAGCCAGCGGUGUGUGAGCCAGUGCCAGAAGGGUUGUCACUCUAAUGGAAGAUUUUAUUUAAUCGGAGAUGUUGUUACUGAAGACAAUUGUCAUAUAUGCACUUGUUCUCUUCUCGAGUCAAUCGAAUGUACAACAGCUAGCAAGUGUCAACCACCUCCCAAAGAACAUGUGCUUGCCUUGCCCUCUGUACAAAGAUAUUGUGAUGGAGCUGUUAACCUUGUGUUUCUUGUACAAAGCACACACCACAUAUCUGCACAUGAGUUUCAAGAUGUGAAAAAAUUGAUUGAAACUUAUGUCUCUUCUGUUGCCCCAAAGAAUUAUGGAAAACCAAACUCAACUCUCAGGGUUGCUAUACAACAAUAUGGUGAUCGGCUAGAGCAUAACUUAGCACUUCAGGAUCACCAGAACAUGAGUAUUUUAUUAAACACAAUACAUGACCUGCAGCUGCAACGUGGAAGUGAAAAUCCAUUUACUGAAGCUCUACGAUCAGGAAUUGCUCAAUUUAAUCUGACAGAGAAGCCAGUCAACUCAACUAUUGAAAAUGUUCUAUUUGCCAUCACAUUCUCAACUCCACAAGAAGAUAUAAACGAAGUUCUUGAAGAAAUGGAGAACUUAAAAAUUAAAGCAAUCAUCCUAAGAAUUACACACCAUGGUCAUGGUAGAUUCCCAGACGAAAGAACCAUGACCUCAUAUGCCAUUGAAGAGUUGUCUGAUAUUUUUAGCUUGGAAUACAGCAACAUGGCAAUGGAAAUUUUGAAUGAAAUUUGUGAGGGCCGAAACGAAGUUUUACCAAAUGUCACAACACCAUCACCCGUUACUCCAGUUGUUCCACGAGUGGAGUUACCACCUUUCGAGCCACUUAAUGAAACUUGCACAAUGCAAGCUGAUCUUGUUGUUUUGAUUGACACAAAUUUGCUGGUGGAUAAAGACAAGGGAAGAUCAAGAAGAAAGAGAUCUGCCACUCUUCAGUAUGUUUCUGAUAUUCUUGACAAUGUUACAAUUUCUCCUGAUCACACACAUGUGUCUGUGCUACUUGCUGAUAAACAAGUACGCAGAGUAAGUAAAUUUCAGAGUUCAAGAGAUGAAGUAAAUCGAGCAAUUGAAGAAACAAUAUCUAAAAUUAUUCUCACUGAUGAAGUAGCAUCAGAUGAGUCGCUCGAUUUAGCUUAUGCUCUUCUAGAAACAUUGGUUGGAUAUUUGGAAAAUGAACAUUCCCAUGCUCGACUAAGUCCAGCGAAUCACAAGUCGAUUUUACUGCUUCAGGAAAAUAACAUUCUUGGACAAAAAGAGGCGAUAAAUGAGUCUUUAUCUGAACUCCAUGAACAUGGGGUUAUUUUAACAGCUGUGACACAACCUGAUCAGUACAGAAACUAUACAGAAAAGAAUGCAUUGACUAAUUUGUUGGGCAAGAAAAAUUUAAUAUUUGCCAAUAUAACUGGAGGAGGAGCACCGCCCUCUGAAUCUGUGAUUGAGAAAACUUGCCGGACACCAGAAACUUUGGAGACAGAACUGCUCCGUUGUCAGCAGGAUAUGGAUGUUUAUUUUAUAUUAGAUACAACAGAAAUUCAAGGGAAAGAUUGGGAAAACAUGGUAAAUGGGGUGAAAAAGAUCUCAAAGGCGCUUCAACCAAUCAACUUUCCAUUUAACACAAACAAUGUCAGUGGAAUCAGAACUUCUUUAAUCGGCUUCAAUGACAGAAGUGCCAAAAUACUGGUCAGUUUAUAUGAUGGAAAUGGUCUGCUUGUGUUUUUGCGUUCCGAUCUUCCAGUCAGGUUGGACAACUUUGAACCACAAUCUAAUUUGAGUUUUAUGAUUGACACCAUUAGCACACAGGCUAGUGUAUUGUCAGCUGACAGAGGGCAAUCCAUCGUCAUAAUUGGUAGCAGUCUCAAUAAAGACAAAAGGAAUCACAUUUUAAAAGAUAAAGCAAGUUUUGCAAAUGUUAUACAUGUCUCAGUGGGACAACAAACAAUCGAAACUGAAGAACAAGAUGAUGCUUUUGAACAAAUUUACCUGCGCUCCACAAGAGAAUUAUUAGACAACACGUUUUCACUUUAUGUCACAGAUCAUGUUUGUGCUUCUGUAUCCCCUGUUACAACAACCAUUACAAUGCCGCUUGUACCCAAGACAACUAUAGGAACAUUAAUACCUGGUGCAACAACAAUACCAUCUGUUUUUGGUGUAACAACAACAACAACAAUUCCCUCUGUUCCUGGUGCAACAACAACAACAAUUCCUUCUGUUCCUGGUGAAACAACAACAACGAUUCCCUCUGUUCCUGGUGAAACAACAACAACAGUACCCUCUGUUCCUGGUGUAACAACAACAACAAUUCCCUCUGUUCCAGGUGUAACAACAACAACAAUUCCUUCUGUUCCUGGUGUAACAACAAUAACAAUUCCCUCUGUUCCUGGUGAAACAACAACAACAAUUCCCUCUGUUCCUGGUGUAACAACAACAACAGUACCAUCUGUUCCUGGUGUAACAACAACAACAAUUCCCUCUGCUACUGGUGUAACAACAACAACAACAAUUCCCUCUGUUCCCGGUGUGACAACAACACCAUCUGUUCCUGGUGAAACAACAACAACAAUUCCCUCUAUUCCUGGUGCAAUAACAAUUCCCUCUGUUCCUGGUGUAACAACAACAACAAUUCCUUCUGUUUCUGGUGUAACAACAACAACAAUUCCUUCUGUUCCUGGUGUAACAACAACAAUUCCUUCUCUUCCUGGUGUAACAACAACAACAAGUCCCUCUGUUUCUGGUGCAACAACAACAACAAUUCCUUCUGUUCCUGGUGUAACAACAACAACAAUUCCCUCUAUUCCUGGUGCAACAACAAUAACUUCUGUUCCUGGUGUAACAAGCAACAACAAUUCCCUCUGUUCCUGGUGCAACAACAACAACAAUAUACUUCUGUUCCUGGUGUAA